CAGUUGCAUCUAGGUGGAUUAGUUUUGCAAGCCAGCAGCGUCAGAACUGCGGUGGUUCCUGCCCUUCAUGCUAUGUUGCUCAUAUACGUGCGUACAGGACGUGUUGUGCGUUUUUGCUACCCUUGCCCACACUGGGGAUGCCGCGCAAUGUGCAAUCGGUGGAGGGCGCAUCCUGUGUCAGCGCUGCGUGCAAACGGACGCCGUGAUGCUUUUUGCCACGUCAUCGGCGACCUCGUGUUGCAGGAGCAAAACCGAUGGUUACCUAACAAUGCACCGCAGUCUCCCGCUCAGCGACCCUGGCAGCGUGUCGGGUGCUUUACCAGGAGACUCGUGAUGCGGGCGCGGCUGCGUAAACAACACCGUUUGCCCUGCAGGAAGCCCAGAACACACGUGCUGCGGCCACCUUGGAGCGGCGUGCAGUGCGAUUGAAUGCACUUAUCAUGCCACCCUGUUGCCGGAAGACUCGACAGCGAGCGUUUAGCGAGACCUCGACUGGAAAGCAUGAACCAGGUCCGACCAGCGCAUGGCGUUCGUGCAACCGAGCCCAAAUGUAGCCGAGGUCAAUGUGAACAUCAUUACGUCAGGUGGUGCGAGUGCGGUCAACAUGAAUCCGUCUGGCAGUUGUUGGCAUACAGACCGUUUUCAGACAGGGAGCAUCGAUGGGCCUGUGCUCGCUCUGUUAUCGGAGUGCCGGACCGCUGCCACCUACAUACCUUAACGUGAUGAUGGUUGGUGUCUAAAAAGGGCACCACUGGAGAACUUUGGGCGGCCGCGUGGUGCCGGCCCAAGUGUGGAAGCGGCCACGGAGAUGAAGACCCUGCGCAGCACCCCGCGUGAAGUGACGUAUGGCGUGAUCUUCUUGGCCGGCUUGGCCUUAGUGUGCAGCGGGCUGGCCGUAUUUCCGACGUACAGCAGGACUCUAGGACUGGGACUGGUCGUCUGCGGCGUGGUGGUCGUUGUCACUGGAGCGCUCAUUGUGGACUCGUGCGUCACUCAAGUGGGCGCUUCUAGGCAGUGCCGCCCGCCCGCCUACGAGGUGGUCAUGGCGCAUCGCGAAGAUGACGACGGCGGCGCGACGCUGUUCGACGAUCCGCGCCCAGCGUCGACACGACGGCACUGGAGCCUCCCUUCUCCCUGGUGCACUUGCGCUGCACAAAACCAGCGCCUCUUCGAAAUGAGCGGUGUCAACGACCCUCGCGUCGGGCGCAAACUGAGCGCGCAGCUGCCGCGGAGCGACCGCAGUGAGCGGGACCGACUGCAGGGCCGCUUUGUCUACACACUGGAGCUGCCAACUGCCCUCCCACACGGCUCGGCGGCUAACUAUUUGAUCUGGUCGGCCGGCGAGUCGUGGACGCCGGAACGUGAUGCUACCUGCGGGCCGAGCCUCCUGCCAGAUGUUUCCUUCGAUGGAGCCCCGCCCGUGCAUCCUGCCCAUGUAUCGCGCGAUCCCGGCGGCGGAAAGUGCGCGCCGCCUUCGUACGACGCGGUGCUGGCCGCGGACCUCCGUGCAGGCGGCGUCGCGUCUCCCGGCCGCCGAUCUCCGUGUGAUGUCGGCGGCCGGAUGACGCGCGGCCGAUCGUCGGCCCCCGAGCUUCUUCUCGGCUCGCCCCUGUCGACCGGGGCUGCACCCGUGGGCCGCGCAGACCGCUAG